AUGUAUAAUGAGUUUUGGUUAUGUAUUUCAGUCCAAGAUGAAAAAGGGAACUUGAAGUUCAUCUGUGCCUUCAAGGACAUGCCUACCCACUGCCAAGGCUUCUCAUACAGUGUUGUAGGUGGGGGAAAAGAUGGGGUGGGCAAGUGCAGUGAACUGGGGACUAGCCCAGCCAAUGUAGGAGUUGCUUCUCUACCUGAAAUGGGGUGCACACGUAGUGUGGGAUCUAACACUUUGCCCGAAUCUGAGAACAAAUGCAAUGUGACAUCUGAUUCUUUGCCUGAAACCAAGAGAGCAGAGAAUGUGGCAUCUUCUUCUAUGCUUGAAACCGGAAGUUCAUGUGAUGAGGCAUCUGUUUCCCAUCCAAAAACUGAUAGUGCAUCAAAUGUGUCAUCUUUUUCUUUGCCUGACAGCAAGAGCAUGCAUAGACUAAAUGCAACUCCUUCCAAUGAGAGUCAAAAGAUUUUAUCAACUACUCCAUGUCUGCUUCAGUGCAGUAGUAUUGUUCUAGAAAUGAGCAAUGUGGAAGUUGAGCCAGCUGGAGCAGAUCACAGCAAAGGUUACCGUUAUUAG